CAACCACAUACGCGGAGUUCUGAGAAUGCAGUCCGUCUAUGCGAUAAAAAACUGAUACAUGCGUGCGAACUCUUUCUUUCGCCUCGAUUACGUGUUCGACAUCACAAUGCUCGCCCCCUCCGUGCCCUAUGUGCCACCAGUCGAGAUGCGUAUGUUCGUCGACGGCGACAAGCUCAAAUACCAGGUCGCGUCUGACGAUCAUGAGAUUGUGACACCAUCGGAUCUUGGUUUCAUCCUUGACCUCCAUGGACAACGAAUCCACCUUGGGGAGGGCGUUCAAGUCGAAAAAGACUCAGCACGUAAGCAAGUCAACGAAUCAUAUGCCACAAUAGGAGUUCAUCCCCGCGUAGGCAGCCAUUACGGUGAGCUCAAAUACUCGUUGACUGCUACAUGUUUGUUUUGUUUUGACUUCAGGGGAAGCGACCAAUGCGGUCAAUCACGUUCGCACACAGAUCAAGUACUACGUGGAUAUUCGUGUCUUCGAUGGGAACAGCCCAGACGCAACCUUCACGUAGGUAAAGAGGCAGGAAAAGGAUUUGCCACUAUAUCUGGCUUCACCAGGUACCGAAUACCCUUGCUUCCGGUGCCAAUGGAGGACACAGUCUCGGCUUUGAAUUCCUCAUGGACUUAACAUCAACGGACAGAGCUUGGAUUGUGAAAAAAAAACCGAGACCCCGUGUUUUACAACUUUGGGUUGAGACAACGACGAUGUGACAGUACGCACACACGCACAGAGAGAAUGGACUGCGUAAUACGCCUCAGAGACUGGCGUUUAAACUUUUAUCCUGCUAUAAACACAGCAUGAUGUACAGGAUCAUUCGCAGAUUCAACGGAGUUUUGCAGACCCUGGCAUUCCAGAAUGGACUGCGUAACAGGCCUCAGAGACUGGCGUUUGAACUUUUAUCCUGCUAUAUGAUGAACAACUCUGUGCGCACACCUGUGCAUGCACGUUUGGGCUUGGAGUGUGUGUAUAUGAUUUCUCGCCUAUCCUUCCGGUACCCUCUCCUCAGUUGCAUAUGCCCAUCUCUGUGUGUGCGUGUGUAUUUGCCUCCCUCAUUAAUCGAUGCAGUGGUCCUUCCAUUACAUCUUUUUCGCAAUGAGGACUACAGAAGCCCAUCAUCGCAGCGGGCCGUCAUGCGUCGACCGGUUGGGGGAGCCGCUGGAGCAAGGCAGUGAAUUGCAGACUGACCGACGCAACUGUCUAUGCAGACAUGCCUUUUCUGUCUGUCAAUGUGAUCGAGCCGUGCUUUCUGCCGCCUUUGUGUCUGCGUGUGCAUUUUUAUAUGUCCCUCCUCUCAUCCAUGUAUGGUGCGCUGCCAGAUGCCCAUCGUCCACUGUGGUGACUGACGUGGUUCGUUCAUCGAUUUUUGUGCAGAAUAUAGAGUACCAAAUGACCUUAACAGAAGUGUGGCAUAAUACAUGCUUAUGUCGUACGUGUCGUAACAGAAGUGCGGCAUAAUACAUGCUUAUGUCGUGCGUGUCGUGAUGAGAUGUGUGUGUGUGUAGAGUUCUCGCAAUGUGUCGGCAGCAAGCAGGCGCAUGUACUAUGUAUUUAUGUGGGGAUGGCUUGCUUACUAAGAGAUAAGUGAGGCAGGCAGAAAUCGAUCUUUUCCUCUCUCAGUCUCUCUCGACAGAAUGAACGCAGAUACAUACAUAAAUCGACAUACAUGCAUACAGGUACGCAUAUAGGGGUACGCAAUAGCAAUUGACGAGAGGAAAUCUCUGGAGCCCCUAAAUGCAAUGAAUAAGACGCGUGUACAAUAUCGCCUUUCUGUGCUAGGUACAUAUCAGCGUGCCACGUAUGCACAGAAGGCUGCACUGCAUCAUGCAACUAUUUGGCAUCAUCGGUCGCCUCCUGCUACUGCUGGGUGCGCUUGUGCUGCAGCUGGUCCAUUGUCAAUAUGGUGCUGAGGUGGACUGCGGAUCAUUCUGUUGCAAGUACGGCACUUGCAAGAGGGAGAUGAUCCAUGGAAGCUACGAGAUCAAAUCGAGGUAUUGCCGCUCCCAUGGGCCGUGCUUUCCCGAUGAUCUUGAUGUGCCGAUGAAAUGCCUCAAGCCGUGUUUCCCCGAACUACAGCGUGUGCGCGAGUCGUCGGAUUAUGGUACGGCGCCUGAAGGUAAGUAACGAGAGAGGCAACGGAUCAAAGGACUUGCGUCUAUAUGUCUGUCUUCUUCUGCCUGGAUGGAGCGGUUUCAGGGAGUACCCUAGGCGGCCUGACGGCCAAGUCCUGUGUCGUCUGUCCCAACAUGCAGACACGCACCCUAACAUGCAACACAG